CCUCCGCGACCUUUCACCCCUACGGUGCGCUGUAGCGUCCAUGCUGCCUGGCUGUGGCUCGCGUGUGCUGCUAAACUUGCUGGUCCCUUCAAAAACCCCCAACGUCCGUGCUCUCCGCUUGUCGUCUCGACUUCUUGGGACCAUGGCUUACCAAACCAUCGAGAGAGGAGCACCCAACACCCUGGACUAUCGGAUUUUCUUCAAGGGACCAGAAGGGCCAGUCUCACCAUUUCAUGACAUCCCACUGUUCUCCAACUCUGAGAACAAGACCUUCAACAUGGUGGUAGAGGUGCCUCGCUGGACUAAUGCCAAGAUGGAGAUUGCCACCAAGGAGAAACUGAACCCCAUCAAGCAGGAUGUGAAGAAGGGGAAGCUGCGUUAUGUGGCCAACUGCUUCCCGCAUAAAGGCUACAUCUGGAACUACGGCGCACUACCACAGACAUGGGAAGACCCAAACUGUAAGGAUGAGUCCACUCAGUGUAUGGGGGACAACGAUCCCAUCGAUGUCUGUGAAAUUGGCCAUAGGGUCAAGAGAAGAGGAGAGAUUGUUCAGGUUAAAGUCCUUGGCACUCUGGCUCUCAUAGAUGAAGGUGAGACAGAUUGGAAGCUGAUAGCAGUUGAUGUGGAGGACCCAAUGGCUAAAGAAAUGGACGACAUACAAGAUGUAGAGAAGAAGUUCCCAGGACUGCUGACAGCUACAGUUGAGUGGUUCAAGAUCUACAAGAUGCCUGAUGGAAAGCCACCAAACACGUUUGCUUUCAAUGAUGAGGCCAAGAACAGGGACUUUGCCCAUAAAAUUAUAGAAGAGACACACCAACACUGGAAGGCACUUAUCAACAAAACUGUUAAGGACACCAAAGGCCUUGCAAUUGCUAAUGUGUCUGUUAAGGACAGUGCAGAAAUGAUAUCUGCUGCAGACGCCCAGGCUACUGUUGACGCCAGCCCUGAACUACAACCUGCUGAAGAAACAGAUUCAGCAGCAAUUGACAAGUGGUACUUCAUCGACUUGAAGAACAAAUCUGUGCUGUAAACAAGGUCAAGAACCUACAAGGACAUCUACUGUCCAAGAUGUCAUCCUUGAAGCUGUUGCUUUUUAAGAUCAAAACAGUUUUGUCAGAAAUGAGUCAACUGUACUGUCAUCACUUUGAAUUCCGUCUUCUUUGUAAAUCCGCAUCCCUGCUGUUGUUGAGUCGUGUUCAAUUGUCUAGUGUAAUUACCUCUCUGAGGUACACAGUAACAUAACUAACAUUUAUGUUGUACAUUGUACAAUAAAGUCUGAUGGUCCACAA